CUUCCUCUAAAUAUAAAUAUUCUACUUGAAGAGCUCAAAAGAAGUGAAAAUUUUUUUACUUCCCAACCCGACAAAGUUUUGAGUUCUGCAGAGCAGAUUUGCCACAAUAAUGGCGUCCAAACCUGUAAAUUUUGGAAGUUCUCUAGCUGUACCUAACGUUCAGGAGCUGAUGAAGGUGCCCAUCAACACUAUCCCACCACGCUACAUCCGUACCGAUCAAGACCCUCCAAUCAUCUCUGGUGCUGCCACACUCCCUGCAGUCCCAGUAAUUGACUUGCAGAAACUGCUGGCAGUAGAAUCCAGUGACUUAGAACGGGCCAGGCUACACUCUGCUUGUCAAGAAUGGGGUUUCUUCCAACUGCUAAACCAUGGAGUCAGCUCUUCACUGGUGAAGAAGACAAAGUUGGAGAUUCAAGAGUUCUUCAAGCUACCAAUCGAAGAGAAAAGGAAGUUUUGGCAGCAACCAGGAGCUUUGGAGGGCUUUGGGCAGGCGUUUGUUGUAUCUGAGGAGCAGAAACUUGACUGGGGAGACAGGUUCUACAUACAGAGCCAUCCAACAUACAUACGGCAGCCCCAUUUAUUUCCCAAACUCCCCAUUCCUUUCAGAGACACAUUGGAUGUUUAUUCCUUGGAGAUGAAAAAGUUGGCCAUGGCCUUAUUAGAACAGAUGGGGAAGGCCCUGACGAUGGAGACUGGUGAGAUAACAAAGAUAUUUGAUGAUGGAUUACAAGGAAUGAGGAUGAAUUACUAUCCUCCAUGUCCUCGACCAGAGCAAGUAAUUGGCCUUUCACCACACUCAGAUGCCGUGGGUAUAACCAUUCUUCUUCAACUUAAUGAACUUGAAGGCCUUCAGAUAAAAAAAGAUGGGAACUGGAUUCCGGUUAAGCCUCUUCCAGAUUCUUUCAUAGUGAACAUUGGAGACAUCAUGGAGAUUGUAAGCAAUGGGAUAUAUCGCAGCAUUGAGCACAGGGCAACAGUGAACUCAGAGAAAGAGCGGCUCUCCAUGGCAAUAUUCUGUAGCCCAAAUCCUGAUGGAGAAGUGGGUCCUGCAAGAAGCUUGAUUGGCCCAGGUAGACCAGCAUUGUUUAGAAGGGAAGGGGUUGCAGAUUACUUCAAAGCACUGUUUGCUAGGAAGCUUGAUGGAAAAAGUUAUAUAGAAGCCAUGAGGAUUCAAAAUGGAGAAGGCGGGGCUAAUUGAGUUUAUAUGUACUCAAGAACCAAUAUGUGCUCAAGAAUUGUCAAAUGCUAAUAAGCAUAUUUAUAAAUAAUGCGCUAGGGUUUCCACCUCCGACGCCCAUGUACUAAUUCUGGUGAAGGAGGAAGCCCACUCUAGAAUUUUCAAAUUGAAGGGGACUAUUUAAGACAUUUCACUGUCUUAGGGAACAAUGACUCUGC